AUGCCUCCGACGUACUUUCCUCUCCGGUGGGAGAGCACCGGCGAUCAGUGGUGGUAUGCUACUCCGAUUGAUUACGCUGCCGCCAAUAGCCAGUACGAAUUAGUCCGUGAGCUUCUCCGAAUCGACUCCAAUAACCUCAUGAAGCUCACUUCCCUCCGCAGAAUUCGCCGCCUCGAGACUCAAAUCGGAGAGAUUCCGGCGGCUUACAAAAGGGAGAUGAAGAACAGAGCGGUUCACUCUGCUUCUAGAGGAGGCAAUUUGAUCAUUCUCAGAGAGCUUCUUAGUGAGUGCUCCGAUGAGGAUGUACUGGCCUUCCGAGACAAGCAGGGCUCCACAAUCCUCCACGCAGCUGCCGGAAAAGGAAAAACUCAGGUGGUGAAAGAGCUUGUGGCUUCAUACGGUUUGAUAACGGACGCCAUUGACAACCAAGGGAACACGGCUCUGCACGUGGCAGCGUACCGUGGCCACGCUGAUCUCGUGGAAGCUCUGAUCUCGGCCUCUCCAUCUUUGGUCACAGCUAGAAACAAGGCCGGCGACACUUUCCUUCACGCCGGGAUCUCCGGUUUCCAGACUCCGGCGUUCGAGAGGCUUGACAAACACACGGAGCUCAUGAACCGUCUCAUAACAUCCGCUGCCUCCAAGUCACCCUGCGAUGUCGUGAACUAUAGGAACAACGAGGGGCGUACGGCUCUUCACUUGGCAAUCUCCGGGAACGUUCCCCUGGAGUUGGUUGAGAUGCUCAUGUCUGUGAAAUCGAUCGAUAUCAACAUAAGGGAUGCUUCUGGUAUGACUCCGCUUGAUCUGAUCAGGCACAAGCCGCAGUCUCCGACGUCGGAUCUCCUGUUUCGACGGUUGGUAUCAGCCGGAGGGAUGUUCAGCUGUCGUGAUGAGAGCAUUACAAGUGUGGUCGCGUCUCACUUGAAGGACCGGGGAAACUUUUACAGUCCAGGAGCUCGUUUCAGGACAUCGGACGCAGAGAUUUUCCUAAGCAGCGGACUUGAAGCUGUACCUGACAAGAUUGUCCCUAGACACCUGAGAUCAAGCUCCUGUUCCAUUGAGAUUGGUCAGGUAAACGUGACGGAUGAGAAUCAUCACCUCAAGAAAUGCAGAAACUCUUCUGUCAACUCUGCAACAGAGAGAUUGAAGAGCGUUUUCCACUGGCCGCGAAUCAAGAAACAACCUGGACAUUCCAAGAACGAUUCUGAGAUGAGCAUCAAUUCGACAGCGCUUGAGUCGCAAGAAACUCCUGUGCCUCUCCGACAGAGAUUCUCAAAAAGCAGCACUUCAUCUCCUGCUCUGCCUAAUAACAAUAAUACUAAUAAUAAAAGAACGUUGUCGGUGAGAAGUAACCAGUCGAGUCCAAGAGCUAAGAAGAAGCGGUUUGGCUCAAUGCGGUCUCGUUCGAGCUCUUUCUCAAAGAUAUCCAUCCACUCUUGUUCCACUUCUUCAUCUUCGAGCGUGGCUGAUCUUAAACAGAAGGGAGUGUUGAUUGAUACGAACAUAGCCGGACCGUCUGGAUUAAACCCGGUGAAAAGCAAGUUAGCCGAGAAGCAGGGUUCGGUGAGGAGGAGAUUGAAGAGCCAUUACUUCUGCUUUGGUGCUUCAGCUUUAUCUGUGAAAACGCCGGCUACGGUCUUGGUAUAA